CAGCAUGCGUUGGGGCGUUGGUUCCUCAUUUUCGCGGUCGGCCAAGCGACGAUGGAGCAUGCCAAGGACAUCGUCCUCGAUGGUCAUGAACCAUCGACCUUCCUGCGCCACGGCUGGCUGCCCGGCGUGGCCGAGCUCCUCGGCCAAGCGACCUUCCGCACGCUUCUGCAAGAGGCGCUGCCCACGCCGGCGCACUUGGCGGACGAGUACCAUCCACCGCACUUUCAUCCUGCGAGCAUCGGCCUCAACUGGUCCGACCACCGCAGCAGCAUGGACGUCGAGCUCCUCGAAUGCAUCUUGUUCCGGAGGCGGUCCGCGUUCUUGUCGGCGCUCGUGACGCCCAAGCCACCAACGAGUGUCGACCCGGACACGCCACCGCUCUCGAGCAUGGAAAAGCGCACGCAGGAGGGCGCGGCCGUCUUCUCCCCGUCCAACAUGGACCAAGAGCUUGUCGACGAAGAGUCGGUGUACAUUGGGCAGAGCAUCCUCCUCUCGCUUCUCGUGUCCCAGCAUUGCCCCGAAUCGCUGCGAUCAACGCUCACCGACGUCUUCUCGGCGCACUGCAAGACGCUCAGCGAGACGCUCGUCAAGCUCCUAGCGUCGCCGUCGACAACGUGGAGCCCAAUGCUGUUUCUCUCGCUCCUCGGCGGCCUCCUCAUGCUCGUGGACGCCCCCGAGCUCGUGCUCUCGACGCGCAUCGCGCUCGAUGCGAUCCCGCUCCUCGGCCGACUGCAGGCCGCGAUUGUCGAGAGCGGCGUGACCGAGGCUUUUUCCCAUUCCGACAAGCGCAAGGUCGACGACGCCAGCAGCGUCUUCCACCCGCUCAAGCGCCAGCGCACGACGCAGUACAGCAUCCGGCUCGACGAAGGGCCGAGCAGCAGUAGCAGCAGCAACCACCUGAGCUUUGCGACCGCGGUCCAGAUCAUGCUCGACAGCGUCGAGAGCACAAUGGCCGGCCCGACAAGCGACCUCGGGCUUCAACAUUCGUACGAGUCGAGCACCGCGGGUCUGCGCUCGGAGGACAUUGACUGCGUGCGCAUGAUCAUGCUGUAUCUGAACGUGUCGGGGCAGACGGCCAAGCAACUCUUGCGCGCGUCCAAGACCGCGAGCAUGAUUCUGCCGUCGUCCGUCUCGAUGUUUGUCCAAGUCAUGCUGUACGUGGCGACGCACCCGAGCCAUUUGCCGCUCAUGCAGAUCGAAAUGGAGAUGGAGUGCAUCAAGAUGAGUCUCUCGCUCCUCUUUGAACUUCAAAUGACGAUCACAGCCGUCGAGCACCAGGAGGAGCCUGUCCAGGUGCUCCACGAAGACGUGCACCAGAAGCUCAUGCGCUGGAAGGGCGCGAUGGCCGUGCUCCUCUCGCUCGGCUGGACGAUCAACACGUCGGGGUGGUAUCGACUCGAGUUUUUCAAGGUCCCGCACGGCGUCCCGCACCUUCAGGACGCCAAGCGCAUGCUCACAAAGUACAUUGCGAUCUGCGAGCUCCGACUCAAACAGCUCAGUGACACGCACGCGUAUUUGCACCAGCAGCAGCAAAUUCGGCUCUCCAAGACCGAGUCGCCGGAAAUGGCAUUUGCGUGUCCGUGGACCGCACACACGUUCUUGUCUGCCAACGAGCUCGUCGACCAUGUGACGCGCGUCGAGCCGUGGCUCCGCACGAUGGUGUACACGCGGUUUCACAAGCUCUUUUGGCAGCCGCCGUCGGCGCACGGUACCUUCUCGGCGACUACGUUUCCGAGUUAUUCGAGCUGUCGCCAUGAAGUGCUCGCGUCGUGCGGUCCGUCGCCUGCGUUUUUUUGGCACCAGUUUUUGCAGCACGUGGCGCAUGUGCAGACGCGGCUCGAAGCGCACUUGGUCCAGCUGCCACUGCCGUCGAAUGCGCUGGCGUUCGACUGCCUUCACGUCGUCCCGCUCACGCCGUCGCAGGACGUUGACUUCGCGCUUGCGGCCGUGUACCCGACCGAAACGCGGCUCGUCCAAGCGCUCGCGCCGCCGUCCACGAGCUCGUCGAGUGGUGCGAGCCAGUUUCUGCGGGCGCUCCAGGACGGCCCGCUCUCGGAGGCGAUGGAGACGUGGCUGUGCGACAUUCGGGGGCCGCUGCGGCGCAAGGCGACGCCUGGCAUUGCACGCGUCGAGCGUCUCGUGCUCAGCUUGGGCCUCAUGCUCUCGGACGCGGUGGUCGCGAAGAUCGAGAGCGGCAUGGACGACGCGGGGCUGCAGCUUGUCGUGGGCCCGUGGCGCCAGUUUUGCAUGUGGCUGGAGCAGCACGCACAGAGCCAGCCGUCUUCGUUGGCGACGCUGGAGGCGUGGUGCCUCUUUCUCCACCAGAUUUGGGUCGGUCCGUCCAUGGCGCUCUGGACGCAAGAGCCCUCGACGCAACAUGCGCUCACGUCGCUCUUUGUGUUUUUGCGUGCGAUGGCCGACACGCCGCUCACGCUGCCAUUGCGUCAGACCGUCCUCAUGCAGCGCCGCGUUGUCUGGCUCCAACUGCUUGGUCUGCACUUGCUCGCAGCAUCGUCGCCGUCCGUGCCCGGCCACCGGCGCGCGCUGCACGUGCUGUUAGACGUCUGCCACCGGCCGAAUGUGCUGCAACGCGCGACCAGCCGCGGCUGGCACGACCUCGUGUUGCAGUCGCAGCAGUGGUCGUUGCCGGCCGACGCCGCGCCACUGCUGCACUGCUUAUGGCAGCAGCCAAUUGCUUCUGUGUCGACACUGCGUCGGAAUCGUUGUCAAGAAGGCGCGUUGCGCUUGCUGCUCCAGGCGCCGAUGCUAAGCGAGGCGACGUGGGCAUCGGCGCUCUCGAUGGUCGCCGCUUCGAGCCCCACCAACGCCGACGUGACGCAACUUGUUGUCGAUUUUCUGCGUCGAGUGGUCGACGAUGCGACACUUGUGGAGAAGGCAACCGCGCUCGCACGCAUUGCGCUGGCCUGGCUGGCGGUGCCGGACGAGACGAGUCCAUGGCGCGACGCGAUCGUCGACCCGCUCUUGGCGCAGCUCCCGCACUGGCCACUCGCGACCCAACGCCAAGUGCUCUCGCUGCUACCGACACUCUUGCUGCACGUGGCGCCCGCGUCGGCUGUCGUGCAGUUUCUCUUGUGCCUCACCGCGUGCCAGGAAGCAUGCGACGCGCCGCACCCGACGUUUGUCGGCGGACGUGUUGUCUUGAGCGACGGCGCGGUGUACAGCGACCCGUCGCUGUCGUUCCAAGCACUCGACGUGCUCCGGCAGCUCUACGCAUCGCCGCUCUGGGCUAAUUGCGUGCGCGACGCCCUCGACACGGCACUACGCCACGACUACAUGGACGCCAAGGACGAGGCCGUGAUGGAUCAACUGCUGGCGCUCGGCGCACUCAUGCUCACAACGACUGCGAUUUCACCUGCGUAUGCGCUGUUUCCGGGCCAGCGCGUCGCGGCCACGCCGGCAGACGACGCCUCGAUCGAAGCGCUGAGCCAGGCGCAGGUGACCCGCGGCGUCCUUCUCAGUCUGCGCGUCGAUCCCAAAACGUGUCGCGCAUCGGCGUCGUGCCUCUUCCUCUCGCGGUCGGUCGCAUCGCUCUACUACACGACCCAGUGCUCGGUGGGGCUAUUGGCGCUGGCGUCGCCAAUCGUCGCGUGUCUCCCGAGUGACCUUGCCGGCCAUUGCGCCAGCAUCGAGCGGCAACUGGAGGUUCGGCCAAACGUCCUCGCCACACCGCUCGGACUCUGGUUGCUCCACGCGUUAUGCACGCUUCUCGAUCUCGGCCAAAUUGACAAGCACAAGUGGACUGCGUGGCUCUUAGACGUGGCGGUGGCGCCGUCGACGAUUCCAGUGCCGGCGUGCGUGCAGUCGUGUUUGGCGCUGCAACCACCAACGUACUGGCAGGCGCAAGGCGUGUACCGGUCGAUGGCGGCCGAGUGCGACCGGAUCGCGCGUCUCGUGGCUUCGACAGGGUCCUCGCCGGUGCUGAGCGGCUUGCGCAUUCACCCGCGCCGGCCCGAGGUGGCGGCCGCUGCCUCACCGCACCGGGCAUCGACGCGGUUGCCAAUCGACGAUAUUUUGACGCCGACACUGCUGUCCAAGCUUUCCAACACGCCGCCGCAAGUCGCCGACUCGGACGACAUGGCGCGCUUGCUCAACAUGGGCUGGUCGGCGCCCAUUUGCGCGUACGUGCUGCGGUACUACCCCGGCAACUUUGACGGCGCGCUCCAGUGGUUGACGUACGAAGGCAACUCGGAGGACGUGCACCGCCUCCGCGUGACGGGCGCCCAGCCGCCGCCAGACCCGCCGCUCGUGCCACGUAUGCGGCCCGAGCUCAAGAACGCGCUCCUCUCGCCGUACAGCGAAGGCCACAGCGACGACUACUUCUAUCACCACGUGCCAGUCGUCGAGGCGCUGCGGCAAGUGCCACGCGAGUGUUUCGUGCCCCAUUUGUACCUCAAGGAUGUCGAAGUGGACAAUGCGGUGCAGCACCCGCUGGGGUACACAGUGCCCAACAUGGCGCAGUGCAACCAGCUCGUGCAUGCGCUCGACGUCAAGCCCGGCGUCUCGGUGCUGGACGUGGGCACGGGCUCUGGGUACUUUGCGACGCUCCUCGCCCACCUCUACGGCGACCGGCUCCGCGUCACGUCGUGGGAGCGCGACGUGCACCGCUUGGCGUACGCGUACCUGCACAUGGCGCGCAGUGUCACGUCGCUUCAUGGCGAGCCGCUCCGGCGACCGUCGUUCUUUGACGCGAUCGAGUUUCGCGUCUGUGAUGCGUUCGCCCCGACCGACGACUGCCAUGGCGCGGUCUUUGACCGCGUGCACGUUGGCGCGUCGUGCCCGCGCGAGAGCGUCCAGCUUCUCUUUGAGCUGGUGGCCGACCACGGCAUCAUGGUGAUCCCGAUCGACGGUACACUGCAUCGCAUUGAAAAGACGGCGCGGCAUUGGCACGACUGCCGCUGCCUCGUGCUGGGCGCGCUGAGUAUCGAGAGCCUUGUCGCGCCGUCGGUCGAGCUCCUCGCGCAGGUGACGCCGACGCUACAGCACCGUACGGUCCACGUCGCCCAAGGUCUGCAUGCGUUUGAAGAGCGGGCGAGCGCCGAGAAGCCGCUCGUGCUCAGCUGGAACGCCGAAGACCCGUACGCGUCACCGAUGUCGCCGCACCAUGCGUGGUGUGCGCCGCUCUUGACGCGUCACAUGGCCGUGCGCAUAGAGUCGGAGACGAAUGAGCUCGUGCAGCGCGGUCUCUCGGACGCUGGCUUUGUUGUCGUGCGACUGGGCGGUGCGCGCUGCCAGCUCCAAGAGCUCUCGCUGGGCGUCAAGAUCAGUGACGCGUCGCUCAAGGUGUCGAACCGAGGCAGCUUUGGCACAGCGUGCGCCAACGUGGCCGUGCGGGGUGGCGGGCGCUGGUUUUACGAGAUUCGCAUCGGCACGUCCAAAGUGAUCCAGAUCGGGUGGGUCCUUCCGGGCUUUGACCCCAACCCCGAAAGCGGCCUCGGCGUCGGCGACGACGCGUUCAGCUACGCGUACGACGGGCGGCGCAAGAAGAAGUGGUUUUGCGGUCGCAACGAAGAGUACUGCAAGCAAAUGUGCAAGGCCGGCGACGUGGUCGGCUGCCUCUUGGACCUUGACGCAGGGACGAUGACGUUCUACCUCAACGGUGUCUCGCUGGGCGUCGCCUUCUCGGGCCUCGAGCGGGACAUUGUGCACGGCGGCUAUGCUCCUGCGUGCUCGAUGGACGGCGGCGAGUCGGUUUGGUUCAACUUUGGCGCGACCCCGUUCCUGUACCCGCCACCACCGUCGCCGCCGUUUUGCGCGUUGACGCACUUUACGUACCGGCCGCUGCCGACACCGCCGACGCUGCCAUUGGCGCGUGUCGUGUCGGUCGAUCAUGACGCAGGCCGCGUCGUCGUUGUUUGCGCCAACAACGUCGAGCAUGUGGUGCCAAUAGACAGCGUUCGGCCGAUCGACGAGCCGCUGGCGUCGUGGAUGCCGCCGUCGCUCGCGUCGAGCGACUUGCGCGCCAUCAAAGAGUCGUUGGCGACGCACGAAGCGAUCGCGGGCUUGCGCUACUGGCUGCUGGCGUCGAUGCGGCCGUCGCUGCGCCUUGCCGACCAAGCGCGGCUGCUUGAAGUCACGUCCGAGGGCCGCGUGUGCCCCCAGCAUUUGUGCUUGGACAACGUGCGGGACGACGACGCCGCGUGGAUGCGGGAGACGAUGACGUCGCAGCUGCAACAACGUCAAGUGCCCGAGAUGAUGGUUGUUGAAGCGUCGCGGCAUCCGCUGAGCACGCGGCUGAUCGCAGUCUCGGUCAACGUGUCGAGCUGCCUCAAGAUGAUCCGAACGCACCUUGGCGACGUCGACGCGCACUUGGAGAAGGGCCAGACGCGCGCAGCGUUCACGUUAUUGCAGCGCAUCACGGACGUUGUGCUCGAGAAAACGAACCGCGAGAGCGGCGACCACUUGCAGCGGUGUCGGCUGGCGCUCGACAAGGUGUACCAAGCGAUUCGCACGGCCGACAUGAGCUACCACCAUGAGAUGAAUCUGCACCUCGACCACUUGAUCUCGCUCGAGCACCGGCGCAACCCGCGGCCGAUGCUCGAAAAGGUCAUGGAGCUCAAGAAGGCGCUGCAGGCGUUUGAGGAGCUCGUCGCGCCAACCUCGAUCGUGCCCAUCGAGACGGUCCAUGGCAAAUACGUGGGGAUUGCGUCGGCCACGUCGCUCCUCGUCGAGUUUGACACGCGGACGUCGCGGUCGCACUGGAAGCUUGUGUUCUACGCCGACGCUGCGUGCACGCGCCGGCUGCCGUGGGUCCUGUCGCGCGACGGUCUCCGGCCAUUUGUGGUCCCCGCGAGCCACUUUUACUACUCGUUCGUGCCCGACGUGGCCGCCAACAUGACGGCCGAAUGGGGCUACGCGUUCCGCGUGACGCCGUAUCGCACAGCGUCGCCGCCGCUCUGGGCGCCGUGGCCGGUCGACGCCAGCCUUCUUCCGCGCGAGUGGUCGUCGACCACGAACCUCGUCGAGUGGCUUCAGACCGCGCUCGUCUACUGCCGCAUUCCGGGCGCGCGCUUGAAAGAAGAUGUCAUGGCGUGGGUGCUCCGUGUUUUGCCGUCGUCGCUCGACCCGACGUCGGUGACCAAGCCGCUCCUCGAGCAUUUUUUGUACUGCGCGCUGCCCGAGCUCAAUGUGCUGUUUCGCGACUCGGUGCGCUGGCAGCUGCACAACCAUCGGUACUUUCAAAUGCUCUUGCAGCUCUGCACGUCGCUGAUCGCGGCGCUGCCGUCGUACGCGCCGCCGUCGUACAGCGUCGAGGCGUUUGGGUACCACGCCGAAGUGCACCCGUGGCACGCCGACCUCGUCGCGACGAUCGACGGCCUCCGACAACUGCAGGUCGCGCAUGUCGUCGACGUUGCGCGCUGGCGGCCGGUCGUUGAAAGCCACUUUCACUCGCUUCGCGUCCUCAAAGAGGCGCUCAAGCAGUUUGAAGCGUCGGUCAAGUCGGACGUUCAGCGCUGGCACAAGAACCGGCGCGAGUGCUGGCUGCGCCAAGUCGAGCAGGCGUACCAUCCGGCGCUGCUCGCGCCGCUUCUCUGUGUAUUCAACGAUACGCUCUCGGCGAGCUCGCGCGACGGCGGGUGGAGCUCGGAGAAAACCAAGUGGUUGCGCAGCGUGCACGCAGCGUGCACAGUCGGCGCGAUCGCUCGGCAGCUGCUCGUGCUAGCAGGGUGCAUUGACACGGAUGCACACAGCCCGGCGUGGAGUUGCCAGAGCUACGACUGGCGCAAAGCGGUCGUCAACCUUACGAAGGAGCCGUUCCUUGUCGAUACGCUUUUGCCGGCGGCAGCGAUCUGGUGCGACGGAAGCCUCUUGCCGGACGUGGCCGAGUCGGCGCCGCGUGCGCAGACCAUCUUUGAGGACAACGCCAAGCUCUUCCGCGUCCGUGAGGCGCGCAACGUGCACGUGCUCGGGUCGUUUGAGGAUCUCGUGCUGCUCCGGAAGCUCAGCAUUCGUAUCCCCAAAAAGUACUCCAACACGCCGGUCGUCGCCGGCCUCGUCUUUGUGUACCACGAGAGCCCGACCGCCCACGACAUGGAGAAGCUCCGCGAGUACGACCACUUUACGAGCGACAAGUACGAGGCGUACGUGACAGCGAUGCGUCAGCAGCAGAUGAUUCCGCUCCCAGGCGACCCGAUCGGCUACUUCGACGUGGGCUCGCCGCACUUUUUGCAGGGCAACAAUGUGAUCACGGUCGUGCCCGAGUUUGCGAUCAUGGGACGCGUCGUCGUCAUCAAGCUCCUGCGUUGCUACAACAUUCGCGCCAUGGAAGAUUUGGCCGACGCGGUCAAGCGUGACGAAGAGCACGGCGGUCCGAAAGACCGCGCGCUGCACAACCCCGUGUACCUCUGGUGCUACAAGCCGCACGAAGAGUGGCUGGCGUAUCCGCUGGACGUCGAGUACAUGCUCGAGACUCAGUACCAAGCGUACUGCAGCGGCGAGAGCUUGGCAAGCCACGCCGACAAUGUCGUUGUCGGCGGCGACCACGUGGUCGUCGACUUCACGCGCAUGCUCAUGCAGACGCCGAGCGGCGACGAGCUCAACAAGAUGUCGACGCUCUGCCGCGUCAAGCGCCUCGUGGUGUCGGUGGACCUCAAAGUGAAGCUCACCGCGCACCACUCGAUGGAGGUCGAGUACGUGGGGCUGUACGGCCUGGCGGGCCAGGCAGCCCAAGACGCCUACUCGUCCUGGACGCUGCAGUACCACAACAAGUUUACGAACGCCGUCAUAAAGAGCGCGCCGAGUGGAGCCGCCGAUCACGAGAUCUACCGCGUCUUGAGCGAGAAGGCGCCCGUGUACGGCUUUCCAACGCUCUCGGCGUCGGUCGCGUUUCACGUCUUGUAUGGCGAGAUCGUGGUCGUCUCGCGCCGGCUCGGGCGCUGGGGCCGGCUCCUCCAGCACCCCGGGGCGCCGGACGCGUGGGUACUUCUCGACUCGCACCAGCCGUCCUUUUUUCGGAUACCGCGGGCACAGGCCGCCGCCCACGCCGCCGUGCCAUGGCUCCUCGACGUGUUUUGUGUGGCGCCUGCCGGUGAUGCGUACAAGGGUGUCAUCGUCGCGGACCUUCCGCACUUUGUGAGUACGACGCUCGUCGACGUCGUCAACAAGCUGCGCGAAGUGCGGGGACGCUGUGCACUGAGCCUCGUGGCCAACGACGUGAGCCAGUUUUUCGACUCUGACGCGGGUCGCGUGGCAAGCCAGAGCCUCCAGUCAUUCUCGCUGCCUGUGCUCAUGGGUCGCCUGGACAUUCUCCGCCACCUCAACCAGCGCCUCGUGCCGUACGUGAUGCUGCUCGGGAUUGGCUCGACGCUCUCGACGCAGCACCCGACUUGGCUCGCCGGUCUUGUCACGCACGCCAAGAGCCUCCUCUUCCUCGAGACGAAAAUGGCUGUCUGGAAGAAAAUCUGGAGCGAGUCGUACAGCCUCGAACGGUCGUCCGAGGUCGUGAGCAUCAACCGCCACAUUGCGUUCAAGGUGCGCCCCGAGCUCAUGGCGUCGCGGUCGUCGCUCGACAUGGACCGCCUCCGCGACGCGUACGCGUCGACGGUCUUUUGCCAGCUGUUUGACGAGCUCCGCCACACGCCGCCGGCGCUGCUGCGACGCAACGACGGCAAGUCGUGGUUUACAAAGUUCAAGGGCGAGCCGUCGAUCGACGAUGGCGGUCUCUACCGCGAAACCAACGCGACCAUCUGCUACGAGCUCAACCACGGUCUCGUGCCGCUCUUUGGGCUCUGCGCCAACGGCCAAAACGCCGAUGGCUUGCACCAAAACACGCUCGUGCCCAACGUGUCGUGCCUGCGCUGGGUCGAGUGCUGUGACUGGUACAGCUUUGUGGGUGUCCUCAUGGGCAUUGCGACACAAAACCUCGAAGAAGUCUUCCCGAUCGCCCUCGCGCGGCCGAUCUGGAAGCUCCUCGUGGGCGAGCAGCUCUGGCCAAACGACCUCGACAGCUUUGAUGCGGCGACGGCGCGCACGCUCGCCUUUUUGCGGGACCCGGCCAUGGACCAAGAAACGUUUGACGCUGCGUUCCCAGACCUGACGUUUACGUGUCUCUUGAACGACGUUGUCGAGGUCGAGAUAUCGCCCAAUGGCCGUCGUCGCCGCGUCGACUUUGGCGACCGGCUGGCCUAUGCGGCGGCGCUCGAACAGUACAAGUUGCAUCAGUUUGACGAGGCUGUCGGGUACAUUGCGCGGGGCCUCCAGUCGAUCGUACACGCCGAGCUGCUCACGAUUUUUACGUGGAAGGAACUCGAGCUCCUCGUGUGCGGUCGACCGACUCUCAACAUGGAGUUGCUCAAGAAGAAGACCGAGUACUCGCCCGAUAUGGACAGCCACGACACGCUCGUGCUGCGCUUUUGGCGCACGCUGGCGUCGUUUACGUCGGACGAGCAGCAGCAAUUUCUGCAGUUUGUGUGGGGGCGGUCCCGGCUUCCGUUCAGUGAAGUCGACUUUGGAACGUACACGUUCAAGCUCGUGCGCCACAUGAGCGGCGGCAACCCGGACGAGUACCUCCCGGUGGCCCACACGUGCUUCUUCCAGCUCGAACUGCCCAACUACUCGUCCGAUGAGAUUAUGAAGGCCAAGCUGCUGUAUGCGAUGACGCACUGCACGUCGAUCGUCGACGAGGAGCAAGCGGCGCAGCAGCGGGACAUUGCGCUCUGGGACUCGUAGUCGGUUCCAUGAAAAUACAUAUAUUUGUAGUCGAUCGCGAGCUAGUCGGCGCUGAUGGAGAUGCCGCCGUCGGGCUGGCGCUUGCCGCAGAGACCAAAGAACUUCAUGCACGGCAGGCGGCUUGCAGCUUCUCGUACUUCUGCGGCUCAGUCCCGUUGUUGUACCGGAGCACGCGAACGUGGUAGGCGUGUUCGAUCUCGUCGCUGCUCGCGCCCUUGACGAGCCCGAGCUUGGCGUACAGGUCCUUCCCGCGCCACAUGGCCGCUUCGUACACGUCCAAGUGCGACCGCAGCGCGCGGCCAAUAAUGUCUAUCGUUUGACAAGAUAGUCUCGACCAUCAAGUCCACCAAGGGUACCUGGACACGUCGCCCACGUCGCCAUGUACUUUGCGCAGUACGCGGCCGCGCGCACUUGGACGUAAUGUUCGCAGCGCUUUUGCCCCGGGUAGAGCUCGGUGCAAAC